AUGCCUCCCCGUUCGCAGCUUGAGAUUCAAACAUCCUCGGUCAUUCGCCUCGCGAAGGAGGCGGAAUCCUACCACCGCGAAUUACUGGAGCAGGAGGCACGGAUUGAGAAGCUCAAGACUAGCCCGAGUGAUGAUGAGAACCAUGAGUAUCUUUUGAAACAGGAGGCGGGAGCCCUCGAGGAGACCAAGAAGGUCCUGCCUACAUUGAAGAAGAAAAUCAUUGAUACUGUCGCCGUGCUGCAGACUUUGAUUGAGGAGGAGGGCCAAAAGGGUGCAGAAAGCAAUGUCGCGCACAUCACAGCCGCAAAGGAGGCCAUUGCGCAGUCGAAGGUUGCAGAGCGUGAAGUUUCCUGA